GCGCUUUGCAGGGGGACCACGCCCCGCCGUCCUGUGCACAGUCCGCCGCCACACAGUAGACGUCCACAUCCGGGCGACCGCUCGCUGCCUCACAAGCCUGCGAAAAUGGCGACUACAGGGAGGAGUGCUUUAUUAUCAUCCACAUCAUCAGGACCUAAGAGCACACUCGAGAACCCAAACCCCGAAGAUGACGACGGACAGAAUUUAUGGUCGACGAUCCUGAGUGAAGUGUCGAGCCAUUCACGAUCAAAGCUCCCGUCUGGGAAAAAUGUCCUGGUUAUGGGCGAGGUGGGCUCGGGGAAGACCACCCUGGUUGCCAAGCUACAGGGAGUGGAGGACUACAUGAAGGGGCGUGGCCUGGAAUAUCUUUAUUUCAGCGUCCAUGACGACGACGUUGACGACCAGACCAGGUGCAACGCCUGGGUGUUGGACGGAGACCUCUACCACAAGGGUCUCCAGGGUGUGGCGGUGCCGGUGGGCGCGGUGGGCAGCUCGGUGCUGGUGGUGACGGUGGACAUGUCACGGCCCUGGCACGCCCUGGACUCCCUGCAGAAGUGGGCCGCCGUUGCGCGGGAACACAUCGACAAGCUGCGCGUCCCCCCCGAGACCCUGCGCGACCUGGAGCACAGACUGGUGAAGCAGUUCCAGGAGUACACAGAGCCGGGCAGCGGAGAGGAUGGCGCCCCCCAGAGGCGGAGUGAAGAGGAGGAGAGCGUUCUCCUACCGCUGGGGGAAAACACACUCACAAACAACCUGGGCAUCCCUAUGGUGGUGGUCUGCACCAAGUGUGACGCGAUCAGCACGCUAGAAAAGGAACACGACUACAGAGACGAACACCUAGACUUCAUCCAGUCCCACAUCCGGCGCUUCUGUCUGCAGUACGGGGCGUCUCUGCUCUACACAUCGGUGAAGGAGCUGAAGAACUUGGACGUGUUGUACAAAUACCUGGUCCACAGACUGUACGGCUUCCCCUUCCACAGCCCCGCACAGGUGGUGGAGAGAGACGCAGUCUUCAUUCCAUCCGGCUGGGACAACGAGAAGAAGAUAGCCAUCCUCCACGAGAACUUCCAGACCAUUAAAGCCGACGACAACUUUGAGGAAGUAAUAGUCAAACCGCCCGUCAGGAAGUUUGUCCAUGAGAAGGAGAUCCAAGCUGAAGACGACCAGGUGUUUCUGGUCAAACUGCAGUCCUUGCUCGCUAAACAGCCGGCCGCGAGCGCUGGGCGACCAGUGGACACGACGACAAGAGCCCCCAGCGGCUCGCCACGGACCAGUAACCGAUCGGCAGCGGCUAACGUGGCUAACACCAUGCCGCAGUCAGGUCAGACGAGUGAGGGGGUGCUGGCCAACUUCUUCAAUAGUCUGCUGACAAAGAAGGCUGGGGCUGGGGGGCCAGGGACUCCCGGCAGCGCAAACAACACGCCCGGAACCGUGCGCAAGUCAGGUUCUAAGCUGGGCCUGAGUGACGUGCAGGCGGAGCUGGACCGCAUCUCCAACCGGGACAGCGACUUGGAUCUCCCCAACGCCAACGACAGCGGCGCUUCAGACGGCCAGGACACAUGAAGAACACACGUUCACACUCACACACAAACACACACUCACAUUCGCCUCGACUCUCCCUUCUUCCCCUCCCUCACUCGGAGUAUCCAUCCAUAUCCCUCCUACUUCCCUGAGACACCGUGGGAAGAAACAAACGGGGAACAUCCUGCUUUUACCCCAUCCUCCUCUUUCUAUCUCCCCUCCCCCCACAGGAGCAGAAAGUAACCCCUCUCCCUGUACCUCACCCAAUGCAGUCCUUAACGCCUUUGCACGUCCUUCUUCCAUCUCUUUGGUUCUCCGUCCUAUCAUCAGUCCUUCCUCCUCCUGCUCUAGUGGUGCAAUUGACUGUGGCGAGGGCAGUUUUUUUCUCAUCCUCGCGUCUGAAUACUGUCCUUCAAGUGGUGGUGGAGGGUGGGAGAACAGAUGAGGUAGGGGGAGAGAGAUAGAUGGAGAAGUGAGAGGGAGGGAGGGAGUGAGUGUGUGUGGUGUGUGUGUGUGUGUGUGUGUGUGUGUGUGUGUGUGUGUGUGUGUGUGUGUGUGUGUGUGUGUGUGUGUGUGUGUGUGUGUGUGUGUGGUGUGUGUGUGUGUGUGUGUGUGUGGACGGGACGGGGGGGGCGGGGGGCGGGGGUUAAAGAACGACACUGGCUGAGAAUGAGCGAUGGAGGGAAAUAAGUAAGUAAGCAGAUAAGGAAAGAUGGAUUGCGAGAGGAAGGGGAAGAGGGGUUGGGGAAGGUGGAUAAGAUGGGGAGGGGGAAACAUGUGGGGAGAAGACGGAGGAGAGAGACUCAUCCAUCUGUCGGCCCUGACGGUAGAUGCAGAGGCUGUUGGCUUUUGCUGAGGGAGCUUUUACAAGGCGGUAUGUGUGAAUGUAGGUGGUGCGUGUUUGAAUGACUGAUGUGUGUGUGGUCUAUGCAACGAUUUUAUCUUAUGAGGGUGGGGGCAAGGCAUGCUUGACCACUAGUUUGGACUCAACAAUUAUUUUGGAAGAGAGAACAAAUAUGCUAAACAACACUGAAACACUUUUUUUUUUGUAGGAUGUAUGAACAGUAUUAUUUGUGUGUGUCUGUGUGUGCAUGUAUGCAUGAAAGAAAGAAAGGCGGGGAGGGAAGAACUGAAUUUAUUCUUGAAGUUGCGUUGAAGUUAUGAGAUUCUGGCGGUCUGCAUUUUCAACCAAAACAUUACUAUGCUUUUUAAACUUUGAACAUUCACAACCGGUGUAUACAAGGUCAUUACAAACCAUACCAUAGCAUAUUUCACUUUUUUGCGAUACACUACAAGAACAAAG